GCGGCGCAGAUUAGCGGAAGAAAUAAAAGGCGGAGGAGAGAAGGGAGGCGUUUGAAUAAUGAGGCGUUGCAAAUAAAAAGCGGGACUAGGGUUUUUCACUGUUUGUCUUUCUCCUCCAUUUCCGAAUCUGUGUAGAGAGAAGGCCCUUGAGGGAGAAAGUUGUAGCGAGAGAGAUGGGGAGGCCAAGAUGCUAUCUUGACAUAAGCAUAGGGGAAGAGCUGGAAGGGAGAGUAGUGGUGGAGCUUUACAACGACAUCGUUCCGAGGACGGCCGAGAAUUUCAGGGCUCUCUGUACUGGCGAAAAGGGCAUUGGUCCCAACACUGGUGUCCCUCUUCACUACAAGGGAGUUUGUUUUCAUCGUGUUAUUAGAGGGUUUAUGAUACAAGGUGGAGAUAUUUCUGCUGGGAAUGGUACUGGUGGUGAAUCCAUCUAUGGUCUGAAAUUUGAAGACGAGAAUUUUGAAUUGAAGCAUGAAAGGAAAGGAAUGCUAUCAAUGGCCAAUAGUGGUGCUAACACAAAUGGGUCUCAAUUCUUCAUCACAACAACUCGCACUUCUCAUCUAGAUGGUAAACAUGUUGUAUUUGGGAAGGUAGUUAAAGGAAUGGGAGUUGUUCGUUCAAUUGAGCAUGUCACUACUGGUGAUAAUGAUUGUCCCACAGCCAAUGUCCUCAUUGCGGAUUGUGGAGAAAUUCCUGAGGGAGUUGAUGAUGGGGUUUCUAAUUUUUUCAAAGAUGGUGAUACUUAUCCUGAUUGGCCAGCAGACCUUGAUGAGAAUCCUAAUGACCUCUCUUGGUGGACAAAUGCCGUAGAUUCUGUGAAGGCUUUUGGGAAUGAACAUUUCAAGAAGCAAGACUAUAAAAUGGCACUCAGGAAAUAUCGGAAGGCUUUACGCUAUUUGGAUAUAUGCUGGGAGAAAGAAGGGAUUGAUGAAGAGAAGAGCUCAUGUUUGAGAAAAACAAAGUCACUGAUAUUUACAAACAGUUCUGCUUGUAAACUGAAAUUAGGAGAUUUGAAAGGAGCCUUGUUGGACACAGACUUUGCAAUGCGUGAUGAGGAGAACAAUGUGAAAGCUUUAUAUCGCCAAGGCCAGGCAUACAUGGCACUUAAUGACAUAGAUGCUGCAGCAGAAAGUUUCAAGAAGGCGCUGGAACUAGAGCCAAAUGAUGGGGGGAUAAAAAGGGAACUUGCUGCAGCUAAGAAGAAGAUUGCUGAUAGACGUGAGCAGGAGAGAAAGGCAUAUUCAAGGAUGUUCCAAUAGAGCUUUCUCAUUCAACAGGUUGCCCACACCUCAGUGAAACAGAUGCUUCAGAUUCCAUGCGCGCAUUCUUUGGUAGAUAAUCCCUUGCUUCAGGGUUUUUUGUGUUACAUGCUCUGAUUAGCUGAGUAGAUGUUAGGAAAUUUUCAGCCUCUGCUUCUUUGAUAUAUUCUUACCAAAAGGGAAAAAAAAUGAUCCCUCUGCUUUGCCUAAUAGACAAAUUAUUGACACUAUUGGCCCAAGGAUCGUAGGCCAAAAAACAUUUUGGAGAAAACCUCAAAUACUAAAGCCUAAAGUUGAACCUUUUUUCGUGGUUGUAGCCAAUGGGAUGCUUUUGUUAAAAUGGUAUAUGAACCAUCAAGAUUUUGAAGAAAUGUCACCAUUUUUGAUAAUUGGGUACUUUAUUGUG